AGUUCGGUUGGGCCCCGCGCGUGUUGUUUGGUCGUUGAAUGGUCGCUUUGAAUUUUGUCAGAAGACAUGGUGCUGAAGAAGAAGCAGCGGCCGGACAGACGCCGGAAACCCCGGGUCCGCAAUCAGCCCCGCCAUCGCGACGUGGAUGUCGAUGUGGAGAGUGACGGUGGCGAGUUCCAGUUGGUCCCUUUAACCGAGGAGGAUGACAGCGUGGCCAAGCACAACGCAAGAUGUUUACCGAGCUUUCCUUCAGGUGAUUGUCCAUCAGACAUAGAACCAGACACCAGAGAAUUGGUCCGGCAGCAGAAUAGAAAGAAGAAGUCAGGAGGCUUUCAGUCCAUGGGUUUAAGCUUUCCUGUUUUUAAAGGCAUAAUGAAGAAAGGAUACAAAGUACCAACGCCAAUUCAGAGAAAGACUAUCCCCGUAAUAUUGGAUGGUAGGGAUGUCGUUGCAAUGGCACGCACAGGUAGUGGUAAGACGGCAGCAUUUCUUAUUCCAUUGUUUGAACGACUGAAGGUGCGCAAUGCUCAGUCAGGAGCAAGAGCUUUAAUCCUUACUCCAACCAGAGAACUGGCGUUACAAACCAUGAAGUUCACAAAAGAGCUUGGAAGGUUUUGUGGCUUCAGAACAGCUUUAAUCUUGGGUGGAGACAAAAUGGAGGUUCAGUUUGAAGCACUGCACGAAAACCCUGACAUAAUAAUUGGCACACCGGGCCGUUUAAUGCAUGUAGUUGUGGAAAUGAACUUAAAGCUGCAAAACGUUGAAUAUGUCGUCUUUGACGAAGCAGACAGAUUAUUUGAGAUGGGAUUUGCAGAGCACUUGCAAGAGAUUAUCCGAAGGCUGCCAGACUCGAGACAGACAUUGCUGUUUUCAGCCACACUGCCUAAGCAAUUAGUGGAGUUUGCACGUGCUGGUUUGACAGAGCCAGUUCUCAUUCGAUUGGAUGUGGACACUAAGCUGAAUGAUCAGUUGCAGAUGGCAUUUUUCCAUGUACGGUCUGAUGAUAAAGCUGCUGUUCUACUUCACUUGAUGAGAAAUAUAAUAAAACCUCAAGAGCAGACUGUUAUAUUUGUUGCUACCAAACAUCAUGUGGAAUAUUUAAAAGAGAUCAUCACCAGACAGGGUAUUGACUGUUCAUACAGCUACAGUGCUCUCGACCAAACAGCAAGAAAAAUCAACAUUGGGAAAUUUGUCCACAGAAAGUGUAUGGUGAUGAUCGUCACUGACGUUGCAGCGCGUGGUAUUGAUAUUCCCAUGUUAGACAAUGUUAUAAACUACAACUUUCCAUCCAAAGCAAAGCUUUUCUUGCAUAGAGUAGGUCGAGUAGCCAGAGCUGGGAGAAGUGGCACAGCUUAUUCAUUGGUAGCCCUGGAUGAAAUUCCAUAUGUUUACGAUUUACAUUUGUUUCUUGGGCGACCCCUCAAAUUUGCAAGCCAAGCUGAGGAUUCUGAAGAAACAAGUGGAAUAUAUGGCACGGUACCCCAGAAUACCAUUGAUGAUGAGGAAUCACUACUUAUAGCAGACCAUAAGGCUUCACUAGAUCUUCAGAACCUAAAAAGAGUGUCUGAGAACGCUUACAUGCAGUACCUGAAGUCACGACCAAAUCCUUCUCCAGAAUCAAUUAAAAGGGUUCGAGAAAUGGACUUUUCAACACUGGGGAUUCAUCCAUUAUUUGGUGUGAACAUAAAAGAUGCAGAACUUCAAAGAUUAAAACUUAUUGACAGUAUCAAAAACUACAGAGCAAAAUCUACCAUUUUUGAAGUCAAUUCUACAAAUAAAACAACUGCAAGUGAGAUCAUGAGGGUGACGCGAAAUAAGCAGAGACAGGUUAUAAACAAAUUUCAACAAUUAAAGGAUGAAAAGCAAGCAGCUGCAUCUAAGAAUAUGCCAAACCGGAUGGAAGCAGAUCUCCCUGAUGAAGAAAGCAUUGAGACUGUCUUCUCUGAAGUUAUGGGGAGAAAAAGGAAAAGUAAACAACCAACAGAUAAUUUUCCCAAAAAGAAGAAAGAAUGUGAGCGGGAUGAGGAAUUUUAUAUCCCCCACCGACCUAAAGAUUUCAAUUCUGAGAGAGGAUUAAGUUUAAGUGGGGAAGGUACAUCCUUUGAACAGCAGGCAUCUGGAGCUGUUUUAGAUUUGAUGGGUGAUGAAACACAAGAUAUGCAAAAGAAGAAACAAAUGCUAAAAUGGGACCGUAAAAAGAAGCGAUUUAUCAGAGACACGAGCCAGGAAAAUAAGAAAAUAAAGAUUGAAAGUGGAAGAUAUAUCAGUGCUUCUUACAAGAAAAACAUCUAUGAGGAAUGGAAGAAGAAGAACAAGAUUGAUGAAAGAGUAUCUGAUGAUGAAGCUGAAAAUGAGCAAAGAAAUUACAGGAAGAAAGGUGGCCACGGUGGACGAGGAAACUCUCGUUACUUCCCAAGAAAACAAGGGCAACAGCACGGAGUGCGUUCAGAGCUGAAAACCAAAGCUGAAAUCCUUAAAAAUAGGAAGAAAAAUGAAAAAUUGCAGUUCCUACAACGGGGAGGAAUGAAGAAACUGAAGCUUAAGAAUCGCCAACGUGUAAGAGAAAUGAAGAGCAUGGCCUUUGGUAGAGGCAAGGGGAAAAUGCGGAAAAAAAUGUAAUUCAUAAUGCCAAAUAGUCACCUACAGCAUUGGACUACACAGUGACCUGCUGCAGGCUAACGUUACUUAAUGAUACUUUUCAUUUGUUGUUACUUAUGCAGACCGUUGAAUGAAUAUUUAUUCAGGAAGAAAGGUGAGGUAACAGUGCCUUGAACAUAUUGAUUUUUGUUGGAUUGUAUGUGCCAGAACAUUGAGGUUCAUUUGUAAUUGUAAUUAAACUUAAGUUUUGUACAAUAAUAUCUUGAAGAUCACUGUCAUCACUGAAAUAUUCCAGAUAAAAACCAUAUGCUAAAGACCGAGGAAAUUAAUUUUUUAAAAACCUAGUUCAAGUGUAAUAUUUUAAAAUCUAUUUGUGUAAAAUUUAUACUUUGUCAAUACUAUAUAAUCCUUUGAAUGAGGAGUGAAUUUAUUUUAAACAUUUCAUCAUUAAAAUUAAAAUGGUCUUAUUUAGUAUUUAGAAUGCUCAUUAUCUAUCAUAAACCACACUGAAAAUAAAUUCCUGCUGUGUAUUGCACAAAUAUUUUAUUAAAAUUUUGUAGCCGUACAAAACUGUAAUUAAUUUGAAGUUUCCUGGCACAGUUAAGAGCAUUGAGAACAGUAUAAUAUGAAGAACUGCUAUGGGAGGAAUGAUUUACUAUGAACAGUAUCCAAUUAUAUAAUUAACAGUGCAAUAACAUAUAACUAAUGUAGUAUGGUACAAGUAAAUUAGUUACCAUCCAAGAAGUCUAGUCAUUCAAUCUAAUUCUUGCAUAUGUCUAUCAACUUUCAAUGUAAGUAUCUGACUGACUUUUUUCUUAUAUGAGUGUUUAUUAAUUUUCCAAAGAGUAGAUUAUCUAAAUACUUAUUCAGUUCCUGAACUAAAUUAGCUUUGGGUUUUUUUUGUGAUCUCGUCAUGAUGUCCUUAGGGUGACAUUACAAAGUUGUAGAUUUUGUAAACUGAAUUUUCUUUUAAAUUAGUUGGAAGUUAGUUUUAAAUCUCUCCUCUACAGUUACCAAAAAUUUAGCAAACUCCUUUUAAGUACUAAUACAUAUUUUAGUAUUCAGCAAGUUCUCAAUGGUACAGAUGAGUUUACAUGAGCCAUUAAAGCCAAUGUCUAUUUAAAGGUAUCAUUCUGGCAAAUGAUAUUAAAUUCCAUAGGUGAACUGUUGCAUUUAUGUACCAUUUAUUACUCCUUUGUUAUAAGUGGCCACUGGUGUACAGGCAAUUAUAGCUAGAAAUUGAAGCAGUAGGUAAAUUUGAUGAUUGAGAUCCUUUUAAGUAAAAGUAAGUUAAAAUGUAAAAUUCUGAGUAUUGCAAUCUUUUACAUCAGUCUGACCAGGCAGUUAAAGUUUUUACUUACUUCUUCAAACACUGGCACCUUGCGGCAAAUGUGGUGCUUCUACUGCUGCUUCAGCCUUAUUUUUAUUUUGUACCUUUCUUUUUUGAUAUUGAAGCUUGAACCCAUAAUGUUUAACUGAAAUGAUGCUGAUGGUUAUAUAUGUGAAUAACACUUUACUUAAAUUCAAUGCUUACAUUUAACUGGGAUUCAGAACUUUUUCCCACCUAAUCUCUGCAUCCAGUAAUAUGAAAAUCAGGUAUGCAACACAUUUGGAUUAAUGGAGGAAAGGAAAAGGAAGCUCUAGUUGACAAGGCCCCAUAGGUCUGAUGGCACAACCAUGAAAGGCAGAGCAAUCAAAAUUGGGAUGCUGAAAAGGCCAGAAUUGGAGGAAAGCAAAUAUUAUGUAUGUACUGCUUAUGUAACAUAAUUUGAUCUUUUUUGGGUAAUUUGCAAUUUGGAUGGUAGUUGCAGUGGUCAGCUGAAAAGAGAUCUAAGUGGACAGAGCAGACAGCUUGAGUCAAAUUAUCACAUCACUUGUUUUUACAAUGUGCACCUCCUAUUAGUACGUUGAAAGACUGUCCCCUUCAUUUUUAGAAAUAGGUUGAAAAGUCUCAAGUUUUUAAGAUCAAGACCAUGGUUGGUGGAUAAUGUGAAUAAGAAUGGGUACGUUUUGUGCUUUCGUUAUAUUGCUGCACUCUUUAUUGAAAGGGCUGGACUAACUCACUUAAGGUCGAUUGAAGAUGUUAACCCAACUGCUUCACACUUUUUUCAGAAGGGAACUUGGCAUCCUUGUAUGGUCAGGGUUGUAGAAGUGGGGCUUACGUCAAAUGCAGUUGAUUUUUCAUUUGCCUCUAAUUGCUGUCUCAGUGAUAUUUAGAACAAUUAAAAUGAACACCGGGCACGAAAAUCUUUACUGAUAGUUUAGUUCAAUUCUGUUGUUCAGUGUAAUAACUAAGUUGUGAUUAAUCUAAUUUUUUUUCGUCAGUUCAAGCUAUGUGGAAAGGCUGCCACAAUGUUUUCCGGUAUCUGGAAUGUGUAAACUGCUUCAGAUGUGAAUUCAUUUAUCAUAGGUGAGCUAUUAGAGAAAGUGGCAAGAUUAAAAAAAAAUUGAAAUUGAAAUUUUACUUGCACAAAGUAAAAUUACCCACCCUGCCACUAUUUUAGAAACAAAAUUUUAAAUAAACUGAAUCCUUUGUACUGUAUAAUUUUAUGAAGAGUUCAAUUUAUUUCCAAAUAAUCAAUCCAAUAUUACAAUACUGAAAUUGGUUUCUUUAUUAAAUAUAUAGAACUUUAUUUUUGUGGCUUUUUAAACUUCAAUUCUUAGGCAGUCUGUGUGAUGCUUUUAACUUGUACAUCCAUUAUCUUUGCAUAACAUUAACCCAGCAGUAUUAAUUGCCCUAUGCAGUGUUCAAAAGUAGUUUCAGUAAAGGAACACAAUGAAAUGCAGACUCUGAAGAUCUGAAACAAACAAAACCAAAUUGUUGGAGAAACUUAGCAGUUCUGGCUGCAGUGGAGAU